AUGUCCAACCUCUUCUCUGGAAUAAAAGCCCAGAUUCGGGGAACCUCUGCCAAGGCAGGGCAUCCCGUCAAGAGCCCGACGGCCUCGGAGGCUUCAGCUCACGCCCAGGCGCAAGCACAGGCUGCUGCCUCUUCCCGAUCUGCAGCCGCCGCGGACCACCACCCGUCAUUCAGCUCCGUGUCCAGCUCCGCAGCGCCAAAGGUGUCUCUGCCCGAGUCCUUGUCCUUUGCAAAGUCAAUAGACGCAGUGGUUCCUACGCCCCUCGACAUCCCCCGGCCGCUGCCGCUAUGGCUCAACACCGCCUGCGCCAAACACAUUGUCAAGGGAAACUUCAUGACGCUAAGCGCUCGGCCAAAGACCGUUGAGCAUGGCGAGUGGGUAGCACACCAGGUGGUCGAGCACUACCGUAACCUCUGGAACUUUGUCAGAAUUCUUCACGAAAAGGAAGACGAUGGCACCAGCAUCUGCAAUCCCAUGACAUGUCCCAAGAUGUCUGCUGGCAAGAACCACUCCUAUACCUGGCUCAACAAAAACCACGAGCCGGUGGAGCUGCCGGCCUACGAGUACAUGAGUCUCAUGCAGCGGUGGAUGUCUGGCAAGAUUGACGACCCUGCGCUGUUCCCGACCGACCCAGACACGGUGUCGUUUGCCACGCAUCCAGAGUACACCAGCACUACCAUCCAGCAGCUCGGCGGCACCGACGACUGGUUUGGAGGCAGAAGCGGCUUCCCCAAGCAAUUGGCCAGUACCUGUCAGCUCAUUUUCCGCCAGAUUUUCCGCGUCUACGCUCACCUCUACUGGGAUCACUUCGUCGAGCCCUUCUACCACCUCAAUCUCGAGAAGCAGCUCAACAGCUGCUUCAGCCACUUCCUCCUGACCGCAACCACGCUCGAUAUGCUGCAGCCUGCCGAGUUGGAGCCCAUGCAGUACCUCAUUGACCUUUGGGCGGCCGAUGGCACGUUCCCACCGGAAUCAAAGCCCUAUUCCUACGCCAACGUCGAGCGCGGCCGAUACAUUCAGAGUCUCAGCACUGGAGCCUGA